AUGGUUUUAACUCGGUAUCAACAAGCAAAUUUGAAGCCAACAUCAGAUGAAAAAGAGAACAAGCAAAAGAGAAGGAUAGCAGCUUUGACGGAAACUAAUGACCACAAUGAAGCUGUACUCGUCAAAGAUCCGCCUCUGCUCACUAUAUCUCGUUCCAGAGACACAUUUGACGACGAUUCGUUCGAACUAGAUACUGCAUUUAAAGUAGAUGUGUUGUUGGAGCAAUUGGACGACUUUGAAUGCUCAACGUUAGAUGCUUUGAUGGCUCGCUGGCCCUCGAUGCAUGCUAGAUUGAAAGGAAUGAAGCCUCAUUUACCACCGAAAAAAGACGAUUAUAAGCCUACAUUAGUGCUGGAUUUGGACGAAACAUUACUACACACCUAUCGUGAUACAAUCAACAAUGGCGAAGUGGAUUAUGUGGUUUAUGCAAAAGACGGAUACAGCUGCUUAUUAGCGGGUAGACUACGACCGGGAGUGAUAGACUUCUUGACUUGGGCUGCAAGUUCAUUUGAAGUGGUUGUAUGGACAGCUGGUAGAGAGGACUAUGCGAGGAUGGCUCGUGAUUGCCUGGAUCCUGAGAACAAGCUGAUAACACACAUGUUGACCCGAAACUCAUGUAUAAGAAUGAGAUCUGCUUCUACCAAAGAAGUAUUGUAUAUAAAAGAUCUUUGUGCGCUCGGGCGUGAUUUGAGCAAGACCUUUCUAGUCGACAAUACCCCUCAUGCAGCAUCUCUCAACCUCAGCAACUUAAUACCCAUUGAGGCAUAUGUAGGCGGUAAAUCAGAUACGGAAUUGGUCGAAUUGAGACGCUUUUUAGAGUCAAAUCUAGUGCGAUUAACGGAUCGAAAAGACGAUAUGAGGAUUAUUUUACACAGACAAUUUAAUUUGAAAAGAAGGAUUCGAGAAAGAGUCGGUAACUGGAAACAACAACAGUUGAAGCAACAACAGAGACAGCAGAAAGAGCUACAAAAGCAAAAGCAGAAGCAACAGCAACCUCGACAGCAUUAA